AUGGUUAAAAGAGUUUAUUUCCUCGCUCAUGGGGGGAUGGUGCAAGGUUGGUUAAUAUACCAUGCCGCCCGAUUACUAUACUUCACCCGCGCCCGCGCAGCCGAGCACAAGCUCACCGGCUGGGUCCGAAACACAUACAACAACAAGGUCGAGGGCGAGGCUCAGGGGGCGGAGGACGCCCUCUCCAAGUUCCUCAAAGAGGUGGACAAGGGGCCGAGAGGCUCCCAGGUUGUCAAACUCGACAAGGAGGAUCGGGAUGUGGUGGAGGGAGAGGAGGGUUUUGAGAUUCGUCGCUGAUCAAAACAAAUACAACACCCCACCCACCCAAUCUUGCGCGCCUAUAGACGAGACCUAUAGAGAGAGAGGGCAGAAUAAUCAAGACAACACCCAAUUCAAA